AUGCCAAAACACAAGUCGAACUUGUCUAUUGCAAUAAAGAAGGCCGACACUGAGAGUCAGGCAGCACACAAGAAGGUAACAACUAGAAACGAUAAACAUGAUAGUCAGUCGGUUAAGAGCCACGAGUCUGGCUCAGACGCCUUGGCUGAGUGCGUGGAGCCCAAAGAGUCCAGCAGCAUAUCGUCAUCCUUCAAUCUUUUGCCUGGCUUCAGCGGGCCGGGAAACCUUGCCACAUCGGCGCCGCUGGUGAAGCUGUUUAGACCUGAACUUGCGCCUAUCACGACGACGUUUGAGGAACAGAGUGAGGAGCAGCUUUUUAAUCUAAUCAAUAACGACAGAAUGGAGAAGGUCGACGCGGGGAGUAUUGAGAAGGUAAGCGCAUCUUCCUUGAAAAGCAAAUCAUCGCGUAACGACUUGGAGAGUACCCACCAGACAGAGACGAUUGAAGAGGGAAACGAGGAUGAGAGUGAAAGCGAUGACGAUCUCAAUCAAGUAAAUCCUGAUAACGAGGAAGACCUCAAAGAUUACGUUCCUGGUGGAUAUCAUACCUGCCAUAUUGGCGAAACUUACAAGAAUAGAAAGUACACAUUGGUAAGAAAGCUUGGAUGGGGUCACUUUUCCACCGUUUGGCUUGCUAGAGAUAAUGAUAAGCUGUGCCAUGUUGCCAUGAAAAUCGUCAGGUCGGCCAAACAAUACACCGAUACAGCAAUUGAUGAAAUAAAGCUCUUGGACAAAGUCACCACCUCUGAUACCCACCAUCCGGGCCAUGAACAUGUCAUUCAACUCUUAGACACCUUCUCCCACGAGGGUCCCAACGGUGUUCAUGUUUGCAUGGUGUUUGAGGUUCUCGGUGAGAACCUUCUUGGCCUCAUUCGUCGAUACAAGCACAAAGGUAUUCCUAUUGUGUUCGUGAAACAAAUAGCAAAACAGUUACUAUCUGCAUUGGAUUUCCUUCAUCGCAAGUGUGGAGUGAUUCACACGGAUAUCAAACCGGAGAAUGUUUUGAUAGAAAUUGGCGAUGUUGAGCAGAUUGUUCGCCUCGUUGAGCAAGAGGAGCAACAAGCCAAACUUCAACGCAAAUUACUGCGUACCAAAUCCCAAUCGGGGAUGGCAUCAAAUUCUAAUUCAACUCCUUCCACAUCUACACAGAAUACUCCUCAAAUUUCGCACAGUACCGCCAUAGGAGACAAAACUAAGUCGGCUUUCGACUUGAGCUCCCCUCUGAUUGGGCGCAAUGGAAGAAGAUCUCGUCGUCAAACAUUAAUUACAGGUUCUCAACCUUUGCCGUCUCCUUUGAGAUCUUUUAACAAAUCAUUCACAAAUAUUCAUACACUUUCCAGCUCCACGAACAAUACACCAAUUCAAAAAGUCGUGAGCAACAAUUCAUUUACAAAUAAUUCAGACGCAGAUGUCUCCGAACAAAUGGAGAAGAGUUUGAAUAAUUCUCUUUCCUCCAUGUACAUCUCAAACUCAUCUGGCACCUUCAUGGGUCUGCAGAGAGAUAAAGAUGAGUCAUACGCUAACAAAUCGUCAUUGAUCAUCAAUGAGGAUGAGUUGAUUUCUGUGAAAAUUGCAGAUUUAGGUAAUUCAUGUUGGGUGCAUCAUCACUUCACCGACGAGAUUCAAACCAGGCAAUACAGGUCACCAGAGGUCCUACUUGGCUACCACUGGGGUGCCUCCGCUGAUCUUUGGUCGUUCGCUUGCCUUAUGUUUGAGCUUUUGACCGGUGACUACUUGUUCGAUCCAAGGUCAGGAAAGUCAUACAGUAAGGAUGAUGAUCAUAUUGCUCAAAUCAUUGAGUUAAUUGGUCCUUUCCCGCGUUCCAUGCUCAAGGAUAGCUAUUACGCCCGGGACUUCUUUAAUUCUCGCGGUGAACUUCUCAGAAUCUCAAAGUUGAAACCAUGGGGCUUGAAAGACGUUCUUGUAGACAAAUACAAGUUCCCUGUGAGCGAUGCUAUUGAGAUUUCCGAUUUCUUGCUACCGAUGUUGGCUUUGCAGCCCGAGAAAAGAGCUGACGCGGGUGGCAUGGUAAACCAUCCAUGGUUGAGCGACGCUCUCGGCCUUGAGAACGUUGUUUUGGAACGUCCCGUAGGAGGUUCAGGAGAGGACAUUCCAGGAUGGGCAUAUGAGAUAGAUCAGCAUGCGCAAAGCAACCGUUACUUCUUCCGCAACUAA